UUUAUCCUUCAAGUUUGUUGUAGUUUCAAAUUGUAUUUUGGAUUUUGAAUGAAAAGCUUUUUGAAAAAUUGUCUGUAGGAAGCCAAUCCUUUCAGAAAGGACGCAAAUGGAUCGAAAAAUUCAAAAUUUGGAGUAUACACAAAAGUUAAGUGCGAAAACAGAAGAACGUCUGGAGAAGCGUUCCCAUCCCUAUUUCACAAUAACGCGACCAACAUGCGCAUCCGGCGGUGACAUGGCCACCGCAUCCGAUGGAUUGCAUUGUAAUUCGAAGAAUUCCAGUUAUCAAAAUUUAAGUUUGAAAAGCCUUCCAUCGGAGGAACAAUUCGAAGAUGCUGUACAAACUGAGGAUCUGCAAGCCGUCAAGGCUACAUCAAGCGAGAUGAGCGAUUCUCUAGAGAUGCGGUCAUCAUUCCAAGUCAAUGGCAAGCGAAAGUCGAAACAUGCCGAAGUCGGUUCAAAAUUGAAAGCUGAACUAUGUAAAUACAAGAAAGAACUGAACGAAUAUAAUAACACAACAAAAGAAUUGGAGGAAAAGUAUAUGAAGAUAAAUUUUGAGUUGAAUGAAAUGCAACAGAAACACGAUCGUUUUGUUGCCAACCGAAAGUGUGCCAAAGAGACGGAUGUUUACACGGACAGUAGCAGCAGUACAGGCUCUGAGUUUUCAUUGAAGCGAAAGUACACGCAAAUAUUCGAUCGAGAUGGCGAUUUCAUGAACAUGCAUGGCGGCACUACAUCCAACGAAAAUAUGGAAAAUGAAUGCAAUCUGCAGCAGGGAGAUGUGGCUGCUACGCGUAGAAAACGCAACUUUUCAUCCGCAUCCGAAUACUCUAACUUGCGACAGCACAGUGGUCAAAUGUCGCAAAAGCGUCAUCCCAAACGCAAGUCGGAGAACAAAGAGAACGCCGCACCACACCAUGCAACCUAUGAUUCGGAGAAAUUCAAUACGCGCGGCCAUGCGGCAAGUCUCAAAGAUAUCUACAAAGUGCUCAAAAACGUAUUGGACAGCAAUCAGAAGACGCAAUGCCAGAGCAAAUCCGCCGACCUGCACGAACUGCACUCGACCAUAGUGAACCUGCAUAGUGAGCAAGCGCAGUUUCGCAGUAUCAUUCAGCAGCAACAAACCUGUUUGCAGGACUACCACACGCGCUGCAUCAAGGCACAGCAUAUAAUGCAAACCCAACAAAUAGAAAUCGAGAAGCUCAACUCGAAUAAUCACCAACUCGAGCGGGAAAUCGGUAGUGGCAUCGAUCAGCUGCGUCAGAAGAUCGACUCCAAGUUGCGCGACGUGUCACACCUGCCGCAAUUGGUGCGCGAGGAGCAGUCCAAAUACGAGAAGCUGCACAAGGAGAACAACCUGCUAACUGAACGAGUGCGUAACUUGCAGAACGAGGCGAAUCAACUGAAAAUGAAAAUGGAAGAAUUGUCACGCCGCAAGGUGAUGACCUUUAAUCGGCUCAAAGCGGCCGAGCGUGAUCUGAAAAUUUUCAAAAACUACAAUACAGCAUUAAAACAUGAGAAGCGCAAAUUGGCGGAGGAGAUGCAAAAGUUGAAGGAGCAAUUGGAUAGCGUGCAGAAUGCGAGCAAGCGUACAAUGGCGCGUCAGCGUGAGCAAACGGAGAAGCAACGGCGUGACUUACAGAAGCGUGUCUUCGAGCUUGAAUUGAAGCUGAGUCGUAGUCAGAAUUCCACGACGAGCUUAAUUCAGGAGCGAGACAGCUUAAUCGCCGAGCUACAAACCCAACUGAACACUCUGGUGCACAAUUUCGAGGUGUCGCAGAAGCACAUUCGCGUGUUACGGCGGCACAUCUACUCCAUGUCCGGCGGCACUAAUGUGCGCUGUGCCAAUUUGUUGAGUGAGAACGUGUCACGUGCUUGACGAACGCAACUUAACAUUUUUCACAUUUCGCGUCCAGCCAAUUAGAGCAGUUCAAUGUGCCACUAUCAUUGCUGCUUCAGUCUACAGCGCGCUACUGGCAGACUAACGGUAGUUUUUUGAUGUGCGAUCGCUUGAAGCGUUUUGGGUCACAUAGGGAUUGGUGGCAUCUUGCCGAUGUCACUGAUGCUCAUUAUGUGCUCCAGUCCGCUGUUGUUGGCGAUCGUUGAUGAACGAAACAUCUUGGCAACGCGAAUGGUAGUCUCUCUUCAUAGCUUAGGUUUACUGUUUAAAUUUAAAAUCAAGUCUUAAAACAGCUAAAGAAAAUUCUUUUUUGUAUCUGCAUAUGUAAAUAUUUAAAUAAAUGUUUGAAAUUUGUAAAAUUUUAAAAUAUGUAACUAAAAACCAUGAAGGUUUGUUCAAUUGUUAUAAAUUAUCAAGUUUUGGUGUUCAUGUAUCCAAAAGACUUGCAAAGUAGGGGAAACUGAGAGAGCAAAAUGGCAUUGUAUUUUGAGGGGAAGUUGGAAGUUUUUAUUAGAUAUAUUUUUACUUGUAAGAAUUUGCAAGUGAGGAAAACAGCUGAUCGCAAAAUAAAAUUAAA